AUGGAUUCUCAAACUUCGUUUUUGGACUUACCGCGAGAGGUCAGGGAUAUGGUCUAUGACUACGCGCUCCAAGACGUCAAGUUCAGCAAUGCCUUUACGACUCAAACCGCCUAUUCCCCCGAUACCCUUCCCUUGCUCUACGUCCAUAAAAUCAUAUCAGACGAUCUUCAGCCUCGUCUUUAUCAGAGCCACGCUAUUGUUGUUCCACUUCAAGAACCUAGCACUUAUGCAACUGGUGAAUGGAGUAUAGUUCCCAGGAUUGCGUGCUCCAGAAUCAUGAAGCAACUCUCCAGCACCCUCAUCAUUGAAAUGUCACAGACGACUAUCUCCUACUAUCCAGAUUCAGAUCUGGAAGAAGAUUAUGAUGAAGACCCCGUUGAGGAUGAAUUCUCUUGGGACGAUCUUGACAGUCAAGGUGCAAAACUUCCCCAAAAGCUCAUCAACGACAUUCUCGCUCUGAAACAAAGUCUCCCAGCCCUCAAAACCAUCAAGUUUGUCUUCUGGUUCGGGAACUGGACCGCGUACUUCCGUGUUUGGGAGAAACAUGUCGAGAAGCUCAGGGCAGCUUGGCCGGAGCCAUUGCUGAAGAUCGAGUUCAACAUGUUUGAGUACGAAGACCACGAUGCUGGGGAUGGCGGGUCCAACUGGAUCGAGGAAUGGUAUUACUGGGCGAUAGAACGAAAGAGGAUUUGGUUUCAGGCGCACAAUUUCAAGUGGGAGGAUCAUGCCAAGGGGGACUUUCGAGGUCGUAGGAUUAAUGUUCGGCUGUGGCAGGAUGAAGAGUUUCUGGGCGGGGAUCCUGAUGACAGGGAGAGGGCUCUUCAUAGGAAGCGCUGUGAGGUGAAGCCUUUGUUUGUUAGGACGUGCGAUAUGGACGGUCGAGUGUAA